GCAGACAGGCUCCCCUUCAUUGGCGAAGCAAGGGAAGAUGGGAGUGCAAGAAGCAGUGCACCUGCUGAAAUGAGAUCGCAUGUUGGUGCGAUUAUGGAACUACUACCAGUUCAUGCACGAGAACCGGCCGGAUACGGACUGGACACGUGUGUAUCCAAUCCUGAAGAAACGGGAGGCGAUUUUGGUGAAGUUCGAGAAGCAGGGAAUGGAUGCCUCGUUGUGGGACGGGAGCAGGAAGCUCGCCGGUAAUGCCUCGCUGUACAAGGAUUACCCGCCGUACAUGGGGUGCGAGGACGACAAGGAUUGCUCGCCGCUCAACAAGAAGUUCCCCGCCGACUGGAAGAACAAGGUUCACUCCGUGUUGACCGGCAGUAGGGCGAAGAGUAUGGAGGUCGGGCUUGCCAAAGGCACGAUGGACGUUCUGUGGAAAGACUACGGGGACGUGACAUCCAUCGUCCCGUUCGACGUUGAUCCUCUGGAUGCGCAGAUGAGGGUCACGGAGUUGGAGAAAGCGUUGUCGCUUUCGUCCGUGACUAGUCCGCGCCAUCUGCCCGUUGUCAAGGCAAUGGCAGGGAAGUGGGUCAGGAGAACGCAGCAGAAGAAAAGUUUUCCAGUGGGGAACAACUUGUACUCGGCUGAGGACCGCAUGUACAUUAUCUUCAAAGGUGACGAUUUGCGGGAGAAUACUAGGUUGUCGGCAGGUGACGCUGCGACUUUCAGGGCACAUCAGAAAUUGACCCCGACAUACAUAUCGGAGAUUCCAUUUGACCCUUGCGAGUGGCCGUCGGCCAUGCCUGGAGUUGAUAGAGAGGUUUAUAAGGAAAUGGAGCGGAACCUCACACAAUUGGCCCACCUGCUGGAAUUUGUAUGCAAAAAGGGGAAGGGCAUCAUGUUCCUUGACAAGCCGCACAAGCGAGUCGUGUGGGAGGUUUUGAAGAGCGGCCGAUACGUGGCCGCGCUGGAAGGGAAUUCUGAGUUCUUGCAAUACACGUUGGAGUUCCUUAAACGCGAGGUCGACUCUGGAGCCAACCGUUGCGAGUUCAUUUCGAGAACCGAGAUACCGACACUCGUUAGGGAACCGUCUACGAACAUGUGGUUCAAGUUGAGCGAGCGGAAGAGGAGCAGGAUCUACGAGUUCCUCUUUUUGGAAACGAGGCCCAGGAGGGACAACGACGCUGAGUACAUGCGUCGCAAGGAACACAUGUUAGCGUUGUUGGACAACUACCACGACGCCUCAUGCAAGAACGCAAAGAACUUCCUUGACCGACUAGAGUGUUUGUACUUCGUCGAGUCCGAGCACGUGCUGAAGCUCGAGAGUUAUGGUGCCUUGAUCUCCACGAACGACGAGGUAAAGACAGGCGUUGUUUUCGACACUGCUAUGCCGGAGGAGGACAACGACACCGAGGACAUCGACAUCGAUUACCAUCCUGCUCUGGUGUUUCAUGCCCCAGGCUCCUCGUCGGUCGGUCCCUCAACAAGCCAGGCCACCCAGGUGUCACUUGUGCUCACGCUCACCCCGGGUAAGACCCCGAGUAAGUUGGCGGCGAGACUGACGCUUCGGCCUGCUGCCCCGCCUCCGUUGCAUCCCGGGAGUUCGGUUCCGCUGCGUCAUCCUUCUUGCAAGGAUGAUACCAUUAACUUCGAAGGGCUCAACCACACUCGAUCGAGCGAGGCGGACUGGGGCCAUGACAUGAUUUGGCACCCGGGAACUAUCCAGUCGGCAAUCCAAAAGGGCGAGUGGAUCAUGGCCCUCAUCAACGACCAAGGGUUGUGGGAGCCAUACCCGCGCCAGUCCAAGGCCGAGUACCUGGAACUCGCGAGGAGUUCUGUGGUCGAGAGAGUGAGGUCUGCAAGUCCCAACCUUCAACCCGCCGACCCAGCCAUCGAUUCCACUGUUGAACUUUUGUUUGAAGAACUUCAGGACAAGCAGUGCUUGGAACUCUUGGACGAAUUCUACAACCUCGACACGAGCCCUUCAAAGGGAUGGGUGGACCGGAAGGUCCUCCCUACGACCGGGCCACAGGAAGGGAGGGAUGGAGGGGAAGAAGGGGAAGAGGGGAAAGAAGAGGAGGGAAAAGAAAAUGAGUUGUUUCUAUUUCGUGGAGGAGAAGAGGGUGAACAAGGGGAUUUCAAUAUUGAAGAUGAGGAACGGGUGGACAGUGAGGACGAUGCUGGCUGUGAAGAGUCGUCUGACUCGUUAGGGCUGCAGUACACAGAGCAUCGCAGGCGUGAUGUCGACAACGAUGCAACGGCAAUGGAGAUGGAGACGCAGGUGGUCAGUGACCUUUCAGCAGACCCUGAAGAUUAUGAGGUUCAACCGCUGACGGCUGCAAUCGAUCUUCAACACCUGUGCGACGAGGUUUCCAUUGUUGUGAGCCCGAAGGAACAAAGUCAACAUAUAAGCAUCGUUGAAGUUAUCGAUGGCAUACUCAGCGACGAGCGGGUGUCCGCAGAACGGUGUGCAGCGCCUAUCGUGGACGGCCCCCGCAUCGUCACACCUUCUGUGCCCUCUGCCACCAUUUUCUCACCACCCAGCUCUCCGGUACUGCCCGCCACCUUCGUCAGCGGCUCGAAAGGCGAAGUCGGGGGCAGGUAACAUGUCACGUCCCCGAAAAAAUAUAGGGUCGGCACUCAAGCUCUCGACGUGCUGGUGUUACCCGUGCCAAUGUCACCGACGAA